UGCCAGACGAAUCCUUGCACAAGAUCUCGUCGAGACAGAGGUGGUAGAGUAGAGGGUGCAGCGCUGCCGCAGUCAGACACCGCAGCAUGCCCUUUGGUCAGAUUGUCGGCUCUCCUGGGUCUGGCAAGACGACGUACUGCAAUGGCGUGCAGCAAUUCCUGGGUGCCCUCAAGCGGCCCAAUGUACACAUCGUCAAUCUCGACUUUGCCAAUUCUCACCUGCCGUAUCCCUGCGCCAUCGAUGUGAACAGCCUCAUUUCUGUACCAGAUGUCAUGGUGGAGCUCGACCUGGGACCCAAUGGAGCCAUGAUGUACUGCAUCGAAUACCUAGAGGAGAACAUCGACUGGCUCCUUACACGGCUUAAAGAGCUGGGAGAGGACGCAUACGUCGUCUUCGAUUUGCCUGGUCAAGUGGAGAUCAGCACAAAUCAUCCCAGUCUGGGUAGGAUCAUCAGGACACUGGAGAAACAGGCAGACUUUCGGCUCGUGGCUCUACACCUCCUCGACUCGUCACAUAUCUUGGACCCCUCUAGAUACGUGUCUCUCUUGCUCCUCUCCCUCAGGGCGAUGCUCAGCCUGGAACUGCCCCACAUCAACGUCCUCACAAAGGUUGACUUGCUGGGACAGGCAUCAGGCGGAGAGCUGCCCUUCCCACUCGACUUCUACACCGACCCCUCCCCCGCCCAACUGGCCCCGUAUUUGGAGUCUCACUCUACCUUUCUACAUCGCGCCCGCUACUCCUCGCUCAAUGAGAAGAUUCUCGAAAUCAUAGACGACUUUUCCCUCGUCAGCUUCGAGACGCUCGCAGUCGAGGACAAGGAGAGCAUGUGGAGAUUGGUCAGGCUGGUAGACAAGGUCGGAGGAUGGGUCUUUGUACACGCCGGAGAGAUGGACUUGGCCGGUGGAGCCCGGGGUGAGGAGGACGACGACGAUGAUGGUGAAGAAGAGCAGAUGCCCAGUCAGAUGCGGGCUGCCCUUGAGGAACGGUAUCUUGAUGGCAACAAGCCCUCCGGAUCAGCCGCCUCUGCCCUCUCCCUCUUCACCACCCUCGACUCGGGCGCGCCCCUAGGCUGGGGAUCAGCAGAAGACGUGCAGGAGCGAUACGUCGACUCCUUCAAGGACUCUGGUAAUGCUGCAGGCACAGGAGCUCGAGGGGGUGCUGCCCCUCGCAUGACAGAGGAAGAGUUCGAGAAGCAGGAAGAAGAGAGAAUUCAUAGCGCUUGGAGGGAGUGGCGGCGCGAGGAGAUUGAGAAGAAGAGGAAACAGCAGGAAGAAGGAAAGGGCGCGAAAGAGCAGAGUGGGCAGAUGAAAAAGGGCGGCGAGCAAGAUUCAAGAGGACUGCAGCGGGACGGGAUGAACAUCAAGGAGAGGCGGAAGAGGGAGACAUGAACACUCAGAGCGUAUAUGACACUGUCACGAGCAUUGAUUGAUGGAUGAUGUUGGGCGUUAAUGAUAUGAGCACAUGGAGAGCAAUGAGAGUGUGAGGAUAUGAACAUGCUGGAACGAUGAUGAAGGAGAGGAGACGAGCGCAAGGUGGGAACCGCGACUCCCCCUUGCUGCGAUGCAAUGGUAUAGAUGUCUCAUAGGACACCUCUCGAGGUGCUUGGGCGGCUUUCUGACUACAUCUUCGAUGUCGCCGCGAUGUCACCGCGCAACUCUCAGCUUCUAACGGAGCUUGCAGACGAUUCCGCAAGCUCGGCUGGGUGAGGAGACGUAGCAGA